UUAACAAAAAAUUCCUCAUCUCAAACACAAGAAAACUAAAAAAAUUUUCAUUUUUAAGCCAAAUAAUGGGAAACAAUUUUCCUCCACAAACAUUAGAAACAAUUGCAAGUGUUCAACAACAACAACGUCAACUUAACAAUAAUAGAGAGAAUAAUUCCAACACAAAUAAUUUUGAACAUCGCGGAGUAAAAGGAAUUUUAGGUGUAACAGCACGUUUAACUGGACUUGUUAGUUUGGCUAUACAAACAAUUGUUUUAAUUUUGGGUUGUUUAUUAAUUGGAAUAUUAUUUGUACAUUGUGGAGGAACCAAAUAUUUUAAUCAUGAAGAAAAAAAUUCUGAUCAAAAUCAAAGAGAGGAAAGAGGGGGAAGUAUUGUUGGAGAUGAACCCUUUUUAUUUAUAAAAUCGUUAAAUGAUACAGAUGAAACAAAUUUAAAUGAAACAACUUUAGCAGAAGCAUUAAUAUCAGAAGAAAAUCAGAAUUUAAACAAAACAUUGGAAGAAACAAAUCAGAAUUUAAACAAAACAUUGGAAGAAAUAACAGAAAAACAAGUUGGAAACAAAGUUGGAAAUGUUUGGCUAAAUAAUUUAACAAAACCAGAAGAUAUGUUUGAUGAAAACAAUGUUUUAUUAAAUGAAACAAACAUAGAAGCAAACAUGAAUGAAACUGUAGCAGACACAAAGGAGAUAUUAAAUGAUGAUAUAAACAAUAAAGAAAAUCAAACAUUCAAUCUUGCCGAACUAGAAACGAUAGGGAAUGAAAUAAUUAAUCCAAACAAAACACAAGAAGAUGACUAUACAGACUCUGAAACAGAAGCAACCACAAACCUAUUAAAUUCUAUAUCAACACAACAACCAGAAGAACAAUCAGAAAAUUUAUCAAAAAAUCAAACAAAUAACUUUCAACACGAAGAAAAUAUAAACAAAAAACAAACAUUUUUUGAACAAAUAAAACCAAUAAAAAUAAAUUUUGGUAAACGAAUUGAAUUAGAUUUGCUUACAAUGGUUAGGGCAUUAUGUGGAAUAUAUGGAAUUGGAUGUAUUUUAUGGUUAAUUUCUUUAAUUGGAUUAACAAUUUCGUUAAAAUUGGAAAUUGCCGAUUUAGUUUAUUUAAAUACUUUUAUGUUAGCUAAUAUUACACUACUUUUGUUAAUUAAUAUUGUUGCUGUUGGAGUUAUUAUUGUUUUACAGACUGAAUAUCACUGGAAAAUGUUAAUUACAAUUGGUGUUAUUGAAGGAGGACUAAUUUUGUGUUUUAUUUUUAAUGUUUUAGCCAUUGUGUUUAUUGUGAUUUGGUAUCGUUAUAUUGAUUAUAUGAAUGGAGAUGAUAAAUCGUGUCUCUGCUUGUCUGCAAUUACUGGGUGUAUUAAAGGACGUAAUAAUAAUCAAAGACAACAAUCACAACAAAGACAACAACGUCAACACCCACCCCAAGCUAAUUAUACAAUUCCCGAAGCUACAAGACAUCCCCAAUUACCCUAUAUUGAUGAUUCCCCUCCAAUACAACAAUUUAGUAAUUUUUGA